CCGUGCUCCCCUUCUUCAUCUCCCUUUUUGGUUUUCUCCUCCUGUUUAAUUUUAUUUUUAUUUCAUCACUAUUACUUUCCAUUUUUUCUCUCAUUACGCAGCACAGAAGAGGAAACCAGAUUAUUAUGAUCCGUUCUUGAUCCGCUUUAUAAUCCGAAACCGCCAUAGAAGAUUUCUUCAUCGAAUCCCGACAAUCUCGUCUCACACAUUGAUCUUAUAAACUCAUUGCAACCAUGCAAAUCUUCCUUUUUGAUUCUCAGAACAUUGUUCUGAUUCCUUCAUGUACUGGUUUUCCCUUGAAAAUUUUGUCCUCUGAGAUCUUUCCUCUUUUAAAGCAAAUCACCCCUUCUGCAAGACGAGAUUUUUCGUCUUUCUACUGCUCCCUUAGGUCAAGAUGAUGAGAACUAUUUCUGAUUCAGACGUCUCAACCCUAAAUGAUUCCUUGCCUUAUCGAUUCGCAAAUAUACUUCCAGCUUACUAUGUGCAGAGCCCAUCUGGGGAUUCUUAUGAUGGAAAUAAGUCCUCGUCAAGAACCACUCCAGUCUACAAUAGCCCUUCAGAUUCUCCCGCAAGGUUUUCAUCGGCCAGCCUGAUUUCUGAGUCCUUUAAUUUAUCUACGACGGGGCCGCAGGAGAGGAGGAGGCUGAAUGAAAAAGGAUGGUUUGAUUAUUCAACCAUUGACGAGGAGCUCAAUUAUGGUGAUGUUGAAAGGCAUUCAAUUGUAUUCAAGAUGUUUUUUGGUUUAGUUGCUUUUAUUUUGAUAUGUACUGUUGCUGGCUUCAUCAUAUGGGGAGUAAGCAGGCAAUAUGCACCUGAGGUGGCAGUGGAGAGCUUGGUUGUGAAUUAUUUUCAUGCUGGAAUUGGACAAGAUCGUACUGGAGUGCCAACAAAAAUGCUUGGUCUUAAUUGUACUGUGAAGAUCAACGUGUUCAAUCCUGCUCCAUAUUUUGGCGUUCAUGUUACCUCUACCCAUGUUAGUCUCUUCUAUUCCAAAAUACGGGUUGCUGUAAAUCAGGUGGAGGAGUAUUAUCUGCCCAGAAAAAACCAUCAAGUUAAGUCUAUCAUUCUGAUGGGUGACCAGGUUCCUCUUUAUGGAGCUAGCCUGGGCUUAGAUCUGUCAAGAACUUCUAUUAAAGCUCCAAUGACACUAAACUUGGACAUGGCUAGCCAAGGAUAUCUUGUAGGGUUCUUGGUAAGGGUGAAGAGUCACAGGCAUAUUAUAUGUAAUCUUGCCAUUGAUUCCAACAGUAAUAGGCCUGUAAAGUUCUCAGAGGACAAAUGCAGUUGGUAUUAGUCUUCAUCCUGAUAUUAUUUGAAAUAAAUUAUAAGGCUUUGAGCUGAGACAAAUUUAAAAAUAGGAUUAUACAAAGAUUUAACAUUAUUGAGGUCCUUCUAUUAGCAUUU